AUGGAAGAUUCAUCAUUUUUCGACCGAAUGAUUGGUCAUCUUCGAGGAACUUGCAAGUACUAUACCGGUUAUCCAAAGGUUCUUGGACCAUCACGGGUUAUUCAUUUCACCUCUGAACGUGAGUUUGUCAAUCUCCUUCAUGAAGGGUUUCCUGUGGUUGUUGCUUUUACUAUCAGGGGUAAUUACACGGAACAUCUUGACAAAGUAUUAGAAGAAGCUGCUGCUGAGUUUUAUCCACAUGUAAAAUUUAUGCGUGUUGAAUGUCCCAAAUAUCCUGGGUUUUGUAUAAGUCGGCAGAAAAAGGAGUAUCCAUUCAUGGAAAUAUUUCAUAGUCCAACACAUGUAGCUAACCAGGGUAGGGUAGCUGAUCCAAAUAUUACUAAAUACAAUGUGAAAGUCAUGCCUUUCAACUAUGAUAUCAGUGUUUACGGAUUUAGAGAAAUCUUCAAGCGCUAUGGGAUCAGGGCAUCAGAUGCGAAGUAA